AUGUCCAGCAAGUUGAAGAGCCGGCCUGCUGAAAAUGGAGAGCAUCCCAGGAGUAAAAUGGAAAAUGGAACAGACAGCACGGCUACCCCUGCCCUCAGUACCUACACGCCAGAAGAGAUGGUGCAGCAGAUGAAAGAACUAAUCACUGAGAACAAUGAGUUAAAAGAAGCCAUGAAGUUGCAUAACCAGACCAUGAAGGACCGAUAUGAAGAACUUUCCAUCUGGAGAGAGAAGCAGAAAGAAGAACGUGAAUUCUAUGAGUCAAAGUUUAAGGAGGCUAAGCAGUGCUUGCUAGCCAAGUGCAUGGAAAAUGAACAGCUACAGCAACAACUUCAGAGCUUAAAGGAGAGAGAAGAAGGAGCUGACAUGGAGGGCUGCGUGGCUCCCGAGAAGGAGGUGAGGCAGCUGAAGUCCCAGGUGCAGCGGCUCCAGGCUGAGAAGGCAGAUCUCCUGGCCAUCAUUUCAGAACUCCAGGUCAAGCUGAACAUCUCAGCAGAGGAUUCCUUUGUGGAGAUUGGGAUGAACGAAGGAGAAAUAAAUAGAACUGCAAAGGAACAUCAAGAGAAUAGUGCUGAAAUCACCAGUAACAUUGCUGUCUACACCAGGAGCAAACCUGCAGAUGAAUCGAAGAAUUUGGAGUCUGAGGAGCUAACUGUGAGCCAGCUGCUCUGCUGCCUUAGAAAUGAAACUCAGAAGAGGGAAAAACUGGAGAAGGAGCUGCAGGAUCACAAAGAGAGACUGUCAAAGCUGGAGAAGGAAACCAGCAGCUUCCUGGAGAGUGGGACACAAACUGAAAGGGAAGAAGAGGAGAGUUCAGAGGCUGUUGGCAGUGAAGUAGAGACCCUCAAUUUGCAAGUUUGUGCUCUGUUUAAAGAGCUUCAGGAAGCCCAUGAGAAGUUAAAAGAAGCAGAAUUGAUUCAGAAGAAGCUUCAAGAAAAGUGCCAAGCACUGGAAAGGAAAAGCUCGGCUGCUGCAUCAGAACUGGAGGAGAAGCAGCAGCUGAUAUACACCAUCAAGAAGCUGGAACUUCAGGUGGAGAGCAUGCAGGCAGAGGUCAAGCUGGAACAAGCCAAGACACAUGAAGAAAAGGCAAGAUACAGUAGCUUACAGGAUGCAUACAGCAAACUCCUUCCUGAACUCACUGAGGCAAUAAAAAGAAUCGAUGAAAUGAAACUCAAAGAGCUGGGCAGAGUGGAUAAAGUUGUGGUGGAACAACUGAGUGCAAAGGUGGAGCUGGCAGAAAAAGCCCUUGCUGCAAAGCAGCUCCAGAUUGAUGAAAUGAAGCAGCUAAUUGCUAAGCAAGAGGAGGACCUUGAAACCAUGGCUGUGCUCCGUGCUCAGAUGGAGGUUUAUUGUUCUGAUUUCCACGCUGAGAGGGCAGCAAGAGAGAAGAUCCAUGAGGAGAAAGAGCAGUUGGCUGUCCAGCUGGCAUACCUGCUAAAGGAGCAGCAAAACCUUGAAGAGCUUGGCCGAAGCUCGUUGGCAGAGAUGCAGAACCGCCACGGAGCCAGGGCGCCAGACCGGGAGCAUUCGCCUCGCCUUGUCCAGAGAGGAACUGGUGGUCAAGACUGGCCAGAGCAGCGGAAUAUCUCAAUAUAUUCAUGCCCCAAAUGUGAAGAAAUUCUGCCUGAUUUGGACACACUGCAGAUUCACGUUAUGGACUGCAUUAAUUGA